GCGGCGCGCAUGCGCUCUCCCCCUCUCUUGCCUCCCGGUGGCGACGGUGUCACUUUGUUAUUAAUAAUGGCGAUCCCGGCGAGCCAGGACUUACAGCAGCAGCUGGAGAAGCAGAAGGAGAGUGCAGCCGCCGAGCAGGAUACCAUUCACCUCAACCAGGGGCACCUUGAGGAGAUCAACAAUUACGACAAGUCCGGCGUCCCCCUCAACUCCCCCUGGACUUUCUGGCUGGAUAGAUCAGUACCUGGAACUACUGCAGCAGAGUGUGAAUCCAACCUGAAAAAAAUUUACACUGUGCAAACUGUACAGAGUUUCUGGAGUGUCUACAAUAAUAUUCCAUUAGUGACCAGUUUGCCCUUGCGUUGUAGUUACCACUUAAUGAGAGGAGAGAGACGACCAUUGUGGGAAGAUGAGAGUAAUGCCAAAGGAGGAUUGUGGAAAAUGAAAAUCUCGAAAGAACAUACUUCUGCUGUUUGGAAAGAAUUAUUACUGGCCACAAUUGGUGAACAAUUUGUAGAUUGCUGCACAGCAGAUGAUGAGGUAGUUGGUGUGAGUGUCAGUGUCAGGGAUCGUGAAGACAUUGUUCAAGUUUGGAAUGUAAAUGCUGCUGGAACAAAUGAAGUAACUAUUAUACAAAAGAUUCAUGAACUUCUCCCGAAAGUAACUUUUAAGGCAGUGUUUUAUAAACCUCAUAAGGAACAUCAUGCUUUUGAAGGUGGUCGUGCAAAGCCAUAAUGAUUCACAGCAAGCAUUUUGCAUUGAGAGCUGAAAUUUUAUUUGUAUGUAAUAUUAGUGAGUUGGACUCUAAGCACCAAAAUGGUGAAUUCUAAUAGAAUUUUGUUGAUGAAAUUGUAAAAAAAAUCAGGUAACUAAUUCUCAAAGGAAAGAAAUAUUGCCAUCUUAGUAUGUUACAGUUGUGUGACUUUUAUUAAUAUCUGUAUUUGGUAAAAUCUUCCUCAAUAUUGAGUUGAUAUUUUUUAUUUUAGUAUUAGAUAACUUAUUUUCGCUUUUAACUGCGAUGCUGUUCUUUCAAGCUUGAGAUGUCUAAUUAUGAUUUAAAUAUUUGUAUUGUACUUAACAAGUGGUUGCUAACAUGCACAAAACCCACUGCUUAAUCUGAAAACAAGUAUCAAAGUAGGAAUAUUGUUUCACAUAGAUUGUAGUCAAACCUGAUUAAUGGUGGCAUAUUUCUAGUGGAUCAUAGUUUUCUAUUUUUUCUUUAGAAAAUUGAUUGCACUGCAUAAUCAUGUACGUCACUGUAAUUUUGGUCUUAUGGAUGCUUGCACUGAUAAACAUAUGUUCCAUCAGCAGAAAAUCCUGCAGGUUGCCUGAAAGAUCUAUCUAGUUUAUUUUCUAUUUCAUUACCUUACAUUGUAUAACUUUCUUCUGUAACUGUUAUUUUAGGCCAUUUGGUAAUUCAAUUUACGGUAUAUUUAAGUGUUUGUCUUCACUGAAUUUAGAAUCUAUAACUAAUCCUUUGCUAGUGACCUGUUUCACUUGUUAAAAACUUAGUCUCAUUUGAAUUCAGAAAUUUUUGAGAAUUCUUUCUUACUACAGCACCUUGAAUUAGUUUUUUUUCUGUCCAUAGAGAAAGAGCAUGCUGUGAGGAAGUACAGUGCUGCAGUAGGUUUUUAUUCUGUUCUAGUACUUGCUGUAGUAAGUGCAAUUACAUUUCAUUGCUACGGAACCAAAGAAUUCUCAUGUAAGGUUUUUGAGAAACGUUGAAAAGUAAAGAGAAAGCUGUGAAUGUACACAUGCCAUGCCAAAACAAGAUUUACAUCCAAAUGUUAUUUUGGAAUUGCACAAAAAUGUAAGUUGUAAAUUUGAGUGUUUACUGCUAUGAACUUCAUUGUGUGUGUGUGUGUGUGUGUAUAUAUAUAUAUGUAUAUAGUAAUACAGAAAACCUGUUUUCUUUUCCUGCCUUGAUAUUAAACACAAUCAUGAUAAUUGUCACAGAUCAGUAUGAAAAGUGUUCAUAAGAUCAUGUGGGCUUCAUGCAGGACAUUCUAAUUACUCAAACUGCCAUGGAACUUGUUCAUAACAAUUAAAACUGACAAGUCUGAACUUAUAAAUUAGAAUUAAAUUGGUCUGAGAAGAACAUGCAUUUCUGAAAAUCAGAGGUUGUUGUCUAUCGAAAACUAUCAAUUUACACAAAAAUUUGCCAUACUUUUAUCUGACCAUACUAUCAAUUAUUACAUCUCUAUUAAAACCAUCAAGCAUCAAGUUUGUUGGCAUCCAUUGUAAAAGCUUUGCCCCUUAAUUACAGUAGUUUCAAUAAAAAUGCUUUAAUAUACCCCUAAAGACUAGGAAGCAAAGCUUUUGUGAAAGUGAGUUCUAUAUUAAGUUUUCCAUUACAUACAAUAAAUCUACAACAAAGAUUUAGCAAAACUGUUGUGAUUUCCUAUAUGUUGCAAAAUCCAUAUUGCAUAGCAUCAACAAUUAUGAAUUCUGGGGUUUGUACAGUAGUUACUUUUGUGUUUUACUUGUUUUGAGAAAAAAAACAAGGCUUUUUGAAGUUACAACAGUUCUCGUGCUGUGGUUUUAUUUUCUGCGCACUAAUUUUUUAAAGAACACAAACUGGUAUUUUAUCUCAAUUACCCAAGAUGUUUUUUGUGAACAAUGGAUUAAAACAUAAACAUUAUUGUAACAGUCAGGGCAAGCUGUUAAUUCAUAACUGUGAAAACUGUAUGCUUCAGUAUCAUCAGGAAAUUCUGUUUUCUUCAUGAAUGAAUGGAUCAGUAAAAGUAUUUUAUACUUUCUUACCCUUUCAUACACACAAAGUUUUGUGACAGCCAGAAAUGUGAAUAUUAAUAUGCUAUUUUUGGUGUUUUAGAUAUUAAACCUCCACACAUUUAAAUCCAGAUCUACUGGGACCCUGGUCAGGAAGCCAGUUUUAAAUUGUAUUCUCUUCUGAUUUGAAAAUAAAAGCUAUUUUUUUA